AUGAAGUCAACUGUCCUUUUCCUUUUGGGCAUCAUCUUCCUAGAUCAGUGUGGAGUUCAAGGAACCCUCGUAAUAAGAAAUCAACGUUGCUCCUGCAUCAACACCCGGCGAGGCGUGAUCCACCACAGAUCCUUAAUAGACCUCAAACAAUUUGCCCCAAGCCCUAAUUGCAACAAAACUGAAAUCAUUGCUACACUGAGGAACGGGAUUCAAACCUGUCUGAACCCAGAUUCAGCAAACGUGAAGAAGCUGAUGAAAGAGUGGGAGAAGCAGGUCAGCCAAAAGAAAAAGCAAAAGAUGGGGAAGAAAAAGCAAAAGACAGGGAAGAAAACCCAGAAGAACAAGAAACCCAGAAAAGCUAAAAAAACUCCAAGGCCCUCGCUCAAAGAAGACUCCGUAAGAGACCACUUUACAACAAGCGCUCUGCGUUGAAAUGGUUUUUAGAUCAUACUGAAAUGCCUUUGGUGGGGAGUGGGCAUUA